UGUCCCUUCACUGUGUCCGUACGAGGCCUAGCUAGUAAGCUAACAAAUUAUCGGAAAGCGUAAACAAACGCUUAAAAUUCGUUAAGGAAAGCGAAACUUUAAUAAAUUAAUAUUUUCGACUGUAGUUCGUGUACUAAUACGCAAGGUGAAUCUGGAGAGAAUCUCGCAGUUGUGUGUUUGAAGGUAUAAUGGCUUUAGUCUCGGCAGACACCAAAAUCGCUGAGUUGCUGAAUGAGUUACAUCAGCUCAUAAAGCAAACUCAGGAAGAGCGAUCAAGAAGCGAACACAACCUUCUCAACAUCCAGAAAACACAUGAAAGGAUGCAGACAGAAAAUAAAAGUAAGGCCUACAAUGAAUCUAAGGGUGUAAUCAGAUUUGUGAAUUUAAUCUGCUCCACAUUGAACGUGCUUAUGUCUUCCUGCUCAGCUUCUCCAUAUUAUCGGACUAAAUUGAGGGGUCUUUACACCACAGCUAAAGCAGAUGCUGAAGCAGAAUGCAGUAUACUUCGCCGGGCGCUUGACAAAAUUGCUGAAAUUAAAUCUCUUUUGGAGGAGAGAAGGAUUGCUGCGAGAAUGGCAGGAGUGUACAGCGACAAUGACCCACCCAGAAAGACCAUGCGCAGAGGAGUCCUCAUGACCCUUUUACAACAGUCAGCCAUGACACUUCCGCUAUGGAUCGGCAAACCUGGCGAGAGUCCUCCACCUCUUUGCGGUGCUAUACCUGCAAGUAGCGACUAUGUGGCCAAGCAGGGGGACAAAGUGGCAGCUCGGGUGAAGGCUGUGGAUGGUGAUGAACAGUGGAUUCUUGCGGAAGUUGUCAGCUACAAUCACUCCACCAACAAGUAUGAGGUCGAUGAUAUUGAUGAAGAGGGUAAAGAGAGACACACAUUGAGUCGCAGAAGAAUAAUACCACUCCCACAGUGGAAAGCAAACCCCGAGACGGACCCAGAGGCCCUGUUCAGUAAAGAUCAGCUGGUUCUGGCUCUCUAUCCACAGACCACCUGCUUUUACAGAGCUUUGAUCCACACACCGCCACAUCGGCCUCAAGAUGACUACUCUGUUCUGUUUGAGGACACAUCUUAUGCUGAUGGCUAUUCUCCACCUCUCAACGUAGCCCAGAGAUAUGUAGUGGCCUGCAAGGAGAACAAGAAGAAGUGACCGAAAUGUACAAAAGCAGGAUGUUCAGAAAGAGCCUGCAUGAUUGGUGUGAUUGAAAACUGAAUUUUGAGAGUUUGUUCUGUUUUAAUGUGCAUUGGUCUCUCUUUUUUUUUGUUAACAUGUAAAUAGUGCUGGGCCGUAUAUUUUAUACUGCAUCUUUUUACGCUGUUUUUGUGGAUCUAAAUGCAAAUGAAUUGUGCUAAAGUAAAUAAAUCCUGUUUGUUUGAAUUAAA